AUGUCUACAAUCGCUGCUGCCACUACUGUUGCAGAUGGGUCAAGUGGUUAUCACAAUGAAGGAAGUGAAAAAAGUCGCUUAGGGCCCAAGAUUCUCCUGGAUGCUGGAGGUUCAAUGGCGUCAACAUCAACUGAAUCAGCCUCAGCCGCUUCCACCGCCCCAGUCAAGCCUUCAGCGAUAGUGCAUGGUCUCAGCCAUCCCCGAAGCACUAGGUCAACAGCUCUUAAUCCUCCGCACAUGCCUUACCAAUAUCUACCGCGCGAAAACUUAUCCAUCGCGUCUGGAUCUACCGACUCUUCGCCUACUACCACCAUCUCCACCUUUGAUUCCCCGGUCAUUCAAGACACUUCUCCAAGCUCUUCACCUGAAUCACCAUCUGCUGUUACGCCGCUUCAAACACUUAAACUCAUGUCGCGGAUUACGAAUGGUGAUCGACCGGCUGCCCAGUUAAGGACAGAGUCGCGUUUCAAGCCAAACCAAUCAUUCUCUACUUACCUUCGUCAACCGGAGUCUCCAACAAGAAAAGCUCAGGCUGUUCCUCCCACUCCUAGCACCCGACCGGCUCUUCGGCAUAUCGAGUCGUCACCGUCUCUCAACUCCAUACUCUCUCCAACUACGUCAAAUAAGCCUUCUCUUGCUCUUCCAGGUUCAUUGUUCCAGUCUUCAAAACGGCCCAUGCCAGGCGCUUGGGAGGAUCGUGUAGCACCGGACCGACCAUCUCCUUUAGCCCAACACGUUUUUUCGGGCAGGGAUGCCUUGCAUGAGCUUAUUGAGGAAGAGGAUAACCUAGUUUCGCGCGAGUCAUGCAAUGGUAGUGAUAAAGGUUAUCCAGAUGGACCAAUUUUAAUAUAUGACAGCGGACUCUAUCUUUACCUAGAGCCAAGCAGUGAAGAGGCCUCAAAAUUUGACGUCGUUAUUAAUGUUGCAAAGGAGGUUGCAAAUCCAUUCAUAAGCGCUGAGCAAAGGCAGGAUACCGUUGUCUCGGUAUGGAAAGCUACAUUACCCGAUGUGCAACGACAAUCGGUGGUGGAACCUGAUACUGCACUUUCGGAAAUUUCUUUCAAAUCUGCCUUCGAAUUUCAGCCUGUAGGAACGGAGUCGCCCACGACUCCAAAGCGCCGCGCCCCUACGCCCGAGUACAUACAUGUGCCGUGGGAUCACAAUUCAGAAAUACUCGAUGACCUUUAUCCGCUUUGUGAGGUUAUCGAUAAGAGGAUUUCGCAAGGAAAGAGAGUGUUGAUCCAUUGCCAACUUGGCGUCAGCAGGUCUGCAUCACUGGUUAUUGCAUAUGGCCUAUACAAAAAUCCAGAUCAGGAUUUCAACGCCAUGUACAGCAUUGUAAAGGGUAGAAGUUGCUGGGUUGGGCCCAAUAUGAGUUUAAUCUACCAACUUACGGAUUUCCGGACACGAGUUCAGCAACGGGGACCUUCCAGAUCUCCCCCGGCUGAAUGGUUUGAUGGAUCUCUAGAUGCGGAAGUGAGCAUCACAUCAAAAGGCCAAGGUAACUCGACCUCAAAAACCGCCCGUCCCCCAGUCCCUCUGUUCGACGCAGCCGUAGGCGAUUCAAAAUACUCCAAUGCACCCACGUUAGCAAACCCUUUUAACUGGACCAGCCCGCAAACAUCGUCGUCAAACCCAACAGCAUCAUCGUCACCAGCAACCAGCCAACAGCGCCGGAACCUUCCCCCACGUCCCCUCCCUCUCCGUGAAAAAUACCAAACAAUACACUCCCUUCGCCGUCCCCGCCACGACAACUCUGCCGUCCCUUCCCAUCGCACCUUAUCCCGUACCGCUGUCCACCAAAUGGACUUGGUCAUGCAAGACGUACCGGCAACCCCAUCCGUCCUUUCGCCCCGUGCUGCUGAGUUCUGGACAACCCCAUUCUCUCACCUCCGCACUAUCGCUGGUGAUCUUGCCUGUCGUCUCGACAAAAAUACCGAUACCAAUACAACUAAUAGCGGUAACGGCAAUCGUAUGUCGAUAGAGUCUAUAUCCUCCGUCGUCCGCGCAUGUCCCCCGGUGCCACCUGGUGCAGCGGACCCGCGAUCGCCCCCACAGCAACGGCGGGAGCCGGUCAUUAUGAGAAAUAUUGAUGAAUUUCUUUGA